GAAAACAUAUUAAACUAACACGAGUCGGUAUGUUGACGAGCCUCCGGCGCAUGUCAAGGACUUAUAAACGGUUAGGUACGUUAACGGGAGCUUAGUAGUUCGUGUUUACCAUUUCGGUUCACACCACGAGGUUUAGGUAGUGAGACCCCGGGGUUUUACCUCUAUCUCAGUGUUGUCUGUUAACGUAAUAGCGUACCUGCGUUGCAAAGAAAUUGUGUCAUAAACUCAAGAGGGCCACACUUCGUUCCAGAGAGUUCACUUCCUCUUUUAUAAGUUAUCAUAUCCGAAAGGAAAUUGCUAAUUGUGUAACGAGAGGAGGUUCGUAUGAAGACAAAUUGUGAAAUCAAGAUCAUUUUUUAAUCACUUUAGUUUAGUGUGUGAACUUGAAGAAGCAACAAGUUGUCACGAUGUCUAAGGGCUUACACGGAGAUAAUGCUAAGACCUACAAACUCGUGGUGGUUGGUGAUGGUGGUGUUGGCAAGUCUGCUUUAACCAUACAAUUCUUUCAGAAAAUGUUCGUCGAAGACUAUGAUCCAACGAUUGAAGAUUCGUACAUACAGAAUGCAGAAAUCGACGGCAAGUGGUGUAUAUUGGAUGUGUUGGACACAGCUGGACAAGAGGAAUUCAGUGCCAUGAGAGAACAAUACAUGAGAAAGGGUGAUGGCUUUCUACUCGUCUAUUCCGUCACAGACCGUCAGAGUUAUGAAAACAUCGAGAAUUUCUAUUCACAGAUCCUUCGUGUCAAGGAUAGAGAUAACUAUCCUAUGGUACUAGUGGCUAACAAAGUGGACUUGGUGACUCUACGCAAAGUUUCUGACGAACAGGGUAACAACUUGGCUCGACACCUUAGAUUACAAUACAUAGAAACAAGUGCCAAAGAUCCCCCACUAAACGUCGAUAAAGCUUUCCAUGAACUUGUACGUGUGAUACGCAGUCAACCUCAGGAUCCCAAAAGGGAACGCCGACACACAGGGAAGAAACGGAAGUGUACAAUACUGUGAUAGGACAGUUGUUGUUAAAAUGUUUUCUGUUGUUAUAUAACAAAAUGUUGAAGCCUGGCUAACCACUGUAACAAGAGGAACAAGAAUUAAUUCUUAGAAUUAGAUUUAAUUUACAAAUUGAUUGUUAAUGGAUAAGAGGGCAGAUUUUGAUGAAUGAAUUUGAAAAUUGGAUGUUACUGGUUGUGUCAGAUUAUUUUAAUAGGUUUUAAUUUGUACUUAAAAAAAAAAAAUGUUUAUUUAUUCUUGGAAGAGUUAUGCCCCUUCUACCAUAUAGAGAUAUUAUCAGUCUCCCACCGAUCAAUGUGUAUACGAAAAUUUGCUCCAGUUAAGUGUGGAAAAACUUUUAAAUAUGCAUUUACCAAUAUUGGAAAUGGUGAAUUACCUUGAUGAAAUUGGUAAGUGUCAUCAUAAAUUUAUCAGUAGAUUAAAAGAGGUAUUUCAAAUAGAUGUUAAAUUGUUCAUCCACAUCUAAUUAUUGAAUAAUACAAAGUGUCUACUAUGGUGUGUGAAGGCGAAAUUUACAUUAACAAGGUAAAAUUUUGUUAUUAAUCAAUUAAAUAUGAAAGAAUAUGAAAUUAUUGGAGAG